AUGCUACUCGCAUCCUUAUUCUCGGCUCAAAUCUAUGGCACUACUUUCUUCAAGUUUGAUCGAGUGUCGCCGGAACUAGGCAUGGUUUUCACCACCUUGAUACCCCUGAUAUUCGUUUUCGAGAUUGGUCAUCUCGUUGGUCAUUUUUUUGGAGUGAAGAGAACCAUGCUACUUGGAUUCUGCUUCGUAGCAGUGUUGCCCAGUUUGGUCAAACUUUGUCAGUACACCCACUCUGACGGUCUUCUUACAAUUGCAAGUUCGAUCCAGCCUUUUUGUUUGCUUCCUCUUGUUGGUGCUAAGGAGCUUUUCAAAUACCACUUCAAGGUCAAAGGCGGAAAGUUGUUUCUUGUGGGCAUAAUCUCAAUCUUGGUGGCGUUCCAGAUAAGCUCAGAUUUGCUAGUGCCUGUUCCAGCACAGUGGCAUGAAAGUAUCAUUUUUGGCUACGGUCUCGUAAUGAGUCUUUUGUUCCACUUCUUUGUCGCCGAUACUCCUCGGCUUGGAAGACCAUCUUUUGCAGGUAUCAAGCCUCAAUUGACUGGAUUGGUGGGAUUCUUGCUUGUCAACUCGUUUUGGAUCCACCAUGCUGACAAUAUUGUCUUCGAUUCGGAAAUCUACGCUUUGCUGAAAGUUUGUUUCGUUCUUGAUUUGUUGUGCUUUGUGGUUGUGUUGUACGGAUUCCCAUGGCGGUGGAGACAAGGGCGUACUGAACGGAAGGAGAUACUGAAAUGGGCUCAAGAGUUUGGCAAGGACGAAAAGGCUACUAUUUGA